CUUAGUAAAGCUGACUGGCUAAGCUACGGGUCUUCACGACGGUAAAUGCCUAUACGGGAAGCCGGCCAAUUCGCACACUUUAGCUGACCGAGCCUGGUUCAUCUCUUCAGACACUGAAAAAAAGCCGACAUCUACACAUUAACCGGCUUCAACGCGAACGUCUGUGACGAUGCCGAAUAUAGCUUCUCUUCACCACGGUCCAUACCGAUGAACUGAUCAAGCAUCCGUGGAAAUCUAAUGAGGCCAUGUGAAGUUACAUUCGAACUUAAGAUGCAAGGUGCGGAUUCUUCUUUGAAGUUGGACUGGUGAUGAAAGUUGAUGGUUCCGUUAUUUUGCAAGGAUCACGCCGAUCUGGCAGCCAAUUCCGGCGAGUGUUAAUGGAGUAGAGUGCCGUGUCCGCUGUCAUGAGUGCCCGGCCGGCACGACCUGUGGUGCAGGUGAGGCACCGCUACCUGGCCGGGGACAAGCCGCAGUUUCUCAUCGAAAAUGCUUCCAAAAGACCCGAGGCUAGAGUAGGGGGAACAUCCACGGAACCCAGACGCGCGCCGAAGAAAAAGGACGUGAAGCUGACGGUGAGCAGGAGUGCCGACGUCCACACCGCGCGACGUGGACCGGGCUCGGCUGAGAAUCGCUUACUGGGGAAAAUACGAGGGGAACUUUCCUCCAAAAGGAACAUUUCAGGAGCAAAUCCGACACCGAUAAUCAUCGGUGAUCUAUGGAAACCAAUGCAAACCCGGCACUCAACAACUCAGGAAAAGGUUGAUUUUACUAAUAACGCAACCGCUGGAAGCCACAGCCAGCGGGUUCUGGCUUACGACUGUUAUAACACUAGACGAGAAGCUAAGAAAUUGCUCCACAACUCCCAGUCUGGCAUUAACCAGCUCCUGAGAAAUCAGAGAGAGAGAGUGAGUGGUUCCAGGUACCACGCACAAAGCGCCGGGCCCUCAACCACUCGCACGCGCAACCACAGGAUCGGGGAGGUCGCUGGAUACCAGAUCUUCGGCGGGGAACUGCCGAGGACGAGCGUGUACAAUUUGAAUGAGCGCAUCGUGUCGUCUGUCUCGGACUUGUCCAGUGUGUCCUUCGGCUCAGUUGAGCUCGACGCGACAGAUAAUGGUAUCGCUGCGGGCUUGGAACGCUUGUCUGGAUCAAAGGAUUGGAUCCAAGAUGUUCCCAAAAAUGAGGAUCAGUCUUUUCCUUGUGUUGUCGAAGACGGGGACCCUGUUUUGUCGGGCAAAAUGUUGUCGAAUAACCCUACUCCGUCAUCAGGUGCAAUCACUGCGCGUAAUAUUGAGAGGAUCGAACAUAAAGUGAACUUGAAGAAGACUGGAAGUGAAGGUAAAAAUGGGUCUGUGCCAUUUAGUCGUUUGCCUGUCGACAACACAAGUCGACAACGCACAGUGGGUAACACUGUCGAAUCAGGUCUUGUGGCUGGUGACACAUUUCGGUUCUACGCUCCCUCAGAGGGCCAGGUGAUGAGAAAUGGAGCCUUGCCGAAAUCGAUGGAUGAAAGCAGAAUCGUAGGUCGGGAGAACGGUACUAAGGAGUUACCGGACUGCUCGAUGUGCCCCAUGUGCCGAGCUGAGGCCGCUCUGCAGGCGGCAGGCUUAGAGGAAGUCACCCUGGGAAACUCGGAGAAACUUGGUGAAGGAGAAUUGGGUUUCCUGAGUGCUCCUCGCGUGGAGUCGAACAUUUUUCAUCGCGUCGGCGAAGAAUCGCUUCAAGAAAGUGAGGUACCAGUUUUAGAUUUGGUUGCAAAGGAGACAACUGAUCAGACCUUGGAGCGAAGAAGUCGCUCCAGUAUACAACUGUUUUCUGAAGUUCCCCGACCCCCGUCAUUCGUUGAACACAACAUGAUUGAUUCUUACGGCAAAAACGGCAUUUCAGCCAGACAACCUCACACUGGCUUGAAAACUGUUAAUCAGCGUAGUGUCGCUCAAGCAGUGAUGUUAGAUGUUGAUUUAAAAGCAAAACACAAGAGUGCUGAAACUGCAGGUGCCCGAAGUCCGAAAAGAGAUUUGGACCCGAGACCUGGGAAUGGCGCCAUUGUUGUGAUGGGGAACAGGCUAGCUCGAGGGGAUAGGUUUGAGCAACACCGCCCCAGCCCUCCUAAUGUUACCAAGUGGCAGCACGUGGACGUGGCCCUGCCUUCCCGCCAGACUAGCCCCCGUGGCACCGUGACAGGGACUGGGAAAGGGGGGACACCUGACCUGUCGCCGAAUACCAGGUAUCCACCGGCUUCGUCGGCGAUGGACCACCGGAUUCCGCUCAUCAUUUGGAAAAAACUGCAACAACUAGAGAGUCCACCGCAACAUGACAACAGAAAGACGGACCACGGGUACGGUUCCCAAUUGGCGGUGCCUGUCGGCUCUUACGGGAGCCGCUCAGCACGUUUUGCCCCUCGCCAAGUGCGAGGCGGUCUCGGUGAGGAAUUUACCCCGAGGUCGUCAUCUACCACAUCCUCGAUAGUCGUUCACAUCCCAACAGCUGGCGUGACGUCCGACGACAUCGACUGCCCACCUAAUAGCCCUACAGCAGAUUGACAGGAGUGAAGAUGUAUGAACUGUGACUACCGUAACUGCAGCCUAAGUGGAGAAAAUAUUCGUAACCCUUUUCACUGAGGCAAUUACUGAACGUCAGCACUUGUAACAUCCUGACUGUGACGUCCUAACUUGCCAUUAUGCUGUGAUAUACACGUACACAAACUACAAACCUUCUUCACACCAUUUUUUUCCCAAAGAAGCAAGAACUCAAUGUCCAUGCUAAAAACUGGUCCACAACAAUAUUUGUUUUCCGUCAUAAUGAUAAGACACAAGUAAAUGUGCAUAAAAUAAAUGGAUACGAUGCACUGUUUUGACCGCAUGUAAAGAAUUAGAUCAAUUCGUAAUUUUUCUUGUUUUAUUUUAAGGACAGAGAACAUUGGUUUCCCGCAUCCAGACCGAUUCAGAACUGAAGAAUGCACAUUUUGGCAGGGUUGGUGUUAGUCACAUGUACAUCUUGAGUAAUGUUAACCAAACCACAGCGAUUUUGUUUGUUUCCGUUACGGCUUCUUUACUUUUUAAUGUCUAUGCAAGUCCGACUAAAUUUUGAGCAAGGUUUUUGCAUAAAAGAGAUUUUUAUGGCAAAGUCUCGAAGGGUAACAUUAGUAAUGUCAUACAAUCGAUACCGUGUUAUUAUUAUUAUUAUGUGAAUUAUUGUAACCCUUUCCAGGGUUAUGGGAUUUGCUCCUGUUAUGGAAUAAAACAUCACAAAGCAUUACUCGAAGGGUCAAAGUGAAGAAAAUCUUCUUUAAACGCAUGUUUUUGUGCACUUUUACACUCCUCUUUACUCCUCCUAUACGUAGGCCUAUAACACUGUGAUAUCCCUCUUACUUUGGUUGAGUGUA